AUGCAGUAUGCAUUCUACUAUUUAGAAGUAGAAAACAUCUUAUGUAUCUUAUGUGGAUAUUCUACUAUAAGUGCACUUUUGAAAGUUUACAACAUUGCUAGAAAAAAUAUUGACAAUAAUAAUAAGGUAAUAGGCAUUUUUUUAGAUGUUCAGAGAGCUUUUGAUUGUGUUGUUCAUAAACUAUUGAUUAAUAAAUUAGAACAUGCAGGUAUUCGUGGUAUACCAAAUAGAUUACUGAUUUCCUUCCUAAAUGGUAGAACUCAAAGAGUCAAACUCAAUGAUCAGUAUAGUGAAAUACAAAAAGUAUCUUGUGGUGUAGGUACCACAAGACACAGUUGUAUUAUUCAUAAUAUUUAUUAA